AUUCAAGCCAUCAUCCACACGCCAGCGCACUCUGUCGCAUACGUUGCGCUUGAAUUUGAGAAAAGUGCGAGAAACAUUUCUGAGAACACUCAUCAAGCUCGAUCACGUUUCGACGGAACAUCUCGACAAGAUGAAUACGUAUGCUCAUUAUCGGCCGGCGGAGCGAAGGGAAAAGCGGCAGCCUAUUAUUAUGCUCUUAAUUGAAACAGCGAUCUCGGACGCACAGAAAUGUUCGUCUUGAAUAUCGACGGACGGGAAGAAAGAAACGACGAAAUGCCCGUAGAGACACCGGAAUGGCUGAAUGUAUGCUUCGUGCAAAAGGCUCUGCGAAAAUCGGAGGAGGAUAACUCGAUCAACGUGAUUGAUAUAUUCACGAAACCGGCUACGAAUAAGGGUGACAACUACGGCAGUGAUAUGAUUAGGGCUUUAGUCGAAUACACGCAAGAUCAGGCCGGUCGUAAGAUCACGAAGAAAAAAUCAAUCAUCGUCAAGAUCGCGCCUAUCAACGACGGGAUACGCAAGGAUCUCAUCCUGAAUUCGUCGUUCUUCGAUACGGAAAUGUCGAUGAUGUCAAACACCUUGAUCAAAAUGAAUCAGUUGUUGAAAUUCAAACAUCUCCUAAGCGCCAAAUGUUUGUACACACAGAAGAGAGACAUACCGCUUCUGAUGCUCCAGGACCUCGCGCCUCUCGGUUUCCGUAUGGCCGAUCGGGAGGUUGGUCUCGACCUGGCUCACUGUAUAUUAGCGCUUCAAGGAUUGGCCAAAUUUCACGCGGCAUCUGUGGCUGUUUAUGAAAAGGAGCCGAGUCAAAAACAAUUGUAUGUAAGUGGAACGUUCAAUCCCGAGCACCCGAAGAACUUUCGUGACUACUUCAAGAACACUGUUCAGUCGUUAGGAAAAGAAAUAGAAACUUGGCCGGAAAUGGACCAAAAAUACACAAAAAAGAUUGUUAACAUCGCCAGUAGAACGUACGAGAUAGGGACGAAAGUAAGCAAGCCACGCGAAGGCGAUUUCUGCGUGAUCAACCACGGAGAUUUCUGGGUAAACAACAUGCUGUUCAAGUACAAUGAAGCUGGAAAACCAAUCGAUCAUAUUUUUGUGGACUUUCAAUUGGCUGUUUACACAUCGCCAGCGAUCGAUCUCCUCUAUUUCCUCAGCACAAGUCCCUCCGUGGAGACCAUUGAAGAUAACAAAGAUGUCCUGCUGGACGAGUACCUUAAAACACUAUCGUGCACUAUGAAAGAAAUUGGCUGCAAAACGCAGCCGCCUACCAUAGAAAAACUGAAAGACUCCUUGAAGGAAAGAGCUGCUUAUGGAAUGAUAGCUUCCUUCACGGUGUUGCCGAUAGUGUUGUGCGAGAAGGAAAAUAUAAGAGAUAUCGACGAGAUUAUCGGGGACGAUGGUCGUUACGAAAAUCUGAGUAUAAAGGGUGCACUUUUUCGUAAAAUAAUAUCGAAACGAAUACCCAUGUAUGAUGAAAUGGGUUUAUUGGACUUAUAACGACGUGCUCAAUCUUUCACGACAUAAAGGGGAAGAGCAAAUGUAUUAGAAGUGUAAUGAAUGAGCACGCGCCGAGAUGGUAUCGAAAAAGCAACGAAGCUGCUCGAGACAAGAGCGGCCCACGUGAUCUAACGACAGUUGCCAGCGUGCAAGAAGAAGAAGAAGAAGAAGGAGAACAAGCCGUCGGCGAAGUAAAACACAAAUAAGCUGGUGAGGCACCCGGGCGAAAGAGACGGGCCUAGGCGACAGAACGACGGCUGACGAGAAAUAUAAUCUAAUCGGAAACUUCAAGAUAGUACUUCAAGAUAGACCCGCUAAAUAUUCCCGCUGUGUCGUCGCUGCAAAUUCGAGUAUGUUGUUUUCACACACGUGAACGUGUAAUUAGCUCAAACUUUCUUCACACGAUUCUUGCGAGAUUUGAAACGACAAAACUCGUCCCCAAAAAAAGACUCAGCCAAUCGCACGCUCGUAUGCAUAUAAAUAACACAUUUGGAUUUGCAUCUCGAAUCAUUCGAAUAUAUCGAUACUCGCUUUUCAGGUUCUCACAGAGAAUGUCUAAAAAUCUCCCUCAAACAAGCAGUAUCUGAUCUUGAAAUUUUCACGGAUCACGAAACUUAUAAAGCGCAAGUUGGAGGAACGAGAAUAGUUGCCUUCGCGGUAUUUCAUUUCAAGAUGAUACGUGCGCUCCAGUAGUAUUCUCCACAUGCAACAUUUUUCAUAGGCACAUCCCGCGACAUUUUUUAUCAAGCACGAGCGACGAACUUGCGUAAAAGAGCUGGAAAACUUUACGAGACGUUUCGUUCAGAGGACAAAGGUUAUCCGCGGAUGUCACUUUCCCCAUACUUAUCCGCAAAAAUGAUCGUAAUGCGGAUUAAACAUAAACCGCGGGAGCAGCUAUAGAAGGAAAAUCCAUGCGGUUUUUACGAUCUCAUCGGCAGCAGGCUCUGAUUUCUUCCCGUCUUUAUCACCGACGAAAGAAGCGUCCCAAUUUUAAAGAGCGAUCAUAAAAUGCGCGACUACUUUGUCACGCUUAUAUCAUCAACUCCCGCUUCAAUAUCCCACUUUCGACAGAGUCUCAACGCACGAUCAAGCGCGAGUUAUGAAGAUUCAGUUUCCGCGAAGAAACUAGUCGGGGGGCGUUCGCAGCCGCGGUGGAAUUUAACGCUCGCAGUCGCAAGGGCUUAACAUUCUACUCGCGAAGGGACGCCAUCGCUCCCCUUUUCCCAACAGUGCGGAUGUUUAGCUCCUUUCUUCCAUAUUUUUCGCGACAACGAUACCGCGACGAGGUCCUAACGAGGCAAGUUCGCUUAUAACCAGCGUUUAUGUCAAGAAUGCUUUUCGGGAACAUUCCGCUCGAGGGGUUAGUCCGCGAUAGAAAGUUCCCUGCGACUGGAGACCGCUGUAGUUUAAAGUUAAACUGCAGCAAGAACAUUGUUAUUGGGCAGCCCUGAGAUGGGCUGCUGUCAUCCGUCCGCGACGUCUGCCGCGCGCCUUUGCGAUUAUCGGCAAAUUCAGUUUUCUGGAUUGUUUGCGCGAUUUCAAGUGGCCAUAAUAUAUGGCGAUAAUACAUAG